GGGGUGUGCGCGGAUCUGAUGUGCUGUUUGAAAAAUGGCGGCGACGCAGUCGACGGCCGGGGUGCCAGUGAGCACUCUCAACCCCAAGUUUCUACACACCAACUCCACCAGCCACACCUGGCCCUUCAGUGCCAUCGCUGAACUAAUAGAUAAUGCCUAUGAUCCAGACGUUAGCGCCACAAAGUUCUGGAUCGAUAAGACCGAGAUCAAAGGGCAGCUAUGCCUCGUUUUCAUGGAUAACGGAAAUGGACUGAUUUAUGAGACAAUGCACAAGAUGCUCAGUUUCGGGUACAGUGACAAGCCUGUCGUAAAUGGCCAGCUGCCAAUUGGUAUAUAUGGCAACGGCUUCAAAUCUGGCUCCAUGCGUCUUGGGAAAGACGCUAUUGUGUUCUCCAAAAGAGGGGAUGACUCUUGUGUUGGGAUGCUUUCCCAGAGCUACCUGGAGACGAUUGGUGCCAAGCAGAUCAUCGUCCCCAUUGUCAGCUUCAAACAGAAAACACCAAACAGAGAGCAGCACAGAGCAAGUCUACAGCACAUCCUGCAACACUCGCUCUUCAACACGAGGGAGGAGCUGUUCGCUGAGAUAAAGGCUAUCAACUCCACCUUCACGACAGAAACCAGCGGGACACGAAUCAUUAUCUGGAACUUGCGCAGGACAUCAACAGAAACAUCAGAGUUUGAUUUUGCGAAGGACCGCUAUGAUAUCCAAAUUCCUUCUGAGGCAGUCAAUGAAAGAUACAAUCUAGAGCAGUUGACAUCGUCCAUCCCUGAGUGCGUCUACUCAUUGCAUGCCUACUGCAGAAUUCUGUACCUGAAGCCUCGCAUGCAGAUCAUGAUUCGUGGUCAAAAGGUGAAGACUCAACUCAUCUCAAAGAAUCUGGCUCACAUUGCCAAGGACCGGUACAAGCCCGCUUUCCUUAACAGAGCCGUAUCGAUCACUUUUGGGUACAACACCAAAAGCAAAGACCAGUAUGGCAUUAUGAUGUAUCACAAAAAUCGCCUCAUCAAAUUCUAUGAACGUGUGGGCUGUCAGCUCAAGGCAAGCAACAAGGGUGUUGGAGUCAUUGGGGUUGUGGAGUGUAACUUUCUGGAGCCUACCCACAACAAACAGGAUUUUGACAACACUGAUAAGUACAGGAAAAUGAUGAGCAAUUUGGGGAUAAAGCUAGAGGAAUACUGGAAAGAAAUUCGCCACAUGAAAAACAGCGAGGAUCCAAACAGCACAGUCCCAGUGGAGGAUACCAAGAAGCGACCUGACCAAAACUGGGUGCAGUGCGAUCUGUGUCUGAAAUGGAGGAAACUCCCUGAUGGCAUUGACGACACCCUGCUCCCAGACAAAUGGUUCUGCAGUUUGAAUCCGGACCCCCAGUUUAGGGGCUGCCAUGUCGAGGAGGAACCAGAGGAUUCAGAUGAUGAGCAGCCUACAUACCAGAAGACCUACAAGAAACGUGAGAGGGAGGAAAAAAGGAAUCAAGAGAGGAAAAAAAAAUUGCUUGAGGAAGACAAAAAGCGCCAGGAAGUGGAGCGUCGUGUCAGACUUGCCCUCCAAAACAAGGAGUUCGAACGGAAAAAUAAGAAAAUGGAGCAGCAGUUGAAUAUGAUGCAGCAGCCCAGCAGGCUGGUUGAUGUCCGUUCCCCAUCUACCCCUAGCACCUCAAAGAGGAGGGCUUCCAAGGACAUCCCAGUAGUGAACCUUGCAACUGCUCUGUCCUCUCCUCCUUCAACGGCCGCCUGCAGCUCCUCCAGCGAUGAUACGUUUCCAAAAAUUUUGAAUGUGUGCUCCCUCUCAACAACUCCAUUAGGCGUUAAGAGAAAUCUGCCUACGACUCCGCAAAGUGUGUCAAAAAGAUCCAAACCAAAUGAGCUCUUUCGGAGCACCUCGGGCACAACAUCAUCAGCGGAAUCAAGUCCGAUGACCGCCCCACCGACGCCAGCGAAUCCCCUCAACGAAGCUGACGACAGUAUCGCAAAUGAUGAGGACGUUGACAUCUUUGAGACUGUCAGUACUCCUGCAUCGGGGAAGAUGAAAAGGGGGCCACAGCCAAGCGAUUCCGGUAUCGGCAUGCAGAAGGAGGGCACGAUCCCGGUAUCGGCAUGCAGAAGGAAUGCCCAGGACGACACGAGUCUGUCUGAGGCACCAACACGGAGAGCAGAUGAACUGAGACGGGCUUUAUUUGCAACUUUUCCGGCCAAUUCUACUUGUGUUGAUGUAGCCAUGGAGACGAAUGCUGAAGGCACAAGCUCCACGGAUAAUGCGGCUGUGGGGAAUGGUCCCUCCCCACCGUCCCCCCAACAGGUAAAUAUUAUGACCCAGACAGAGCCAGUCACAGUGAAGCAGGAGCAGGACAAUGUUGACAACGGAAUAGAAAUAGUGCAAAUUAAACAAGAAUGGGAGGACGGAACAGAACAGCCAGAGCGGAGGUUUGUCAUGGUGGAGGAAGCUGGAGGUGAUGACACCCGUGUUGGAAAUCAGGGGGCGAAGACCUUUAGCAAUGGAACAAUAGCGUCAGACACCGAAGAUGGAGCUGGAUCUUCCCGUUUAAAUCCCCAGGACGCAUAUGGCUCUCGGCGCAUUAGCGAAGCACAGGAGCAGCAACAGCGGCUAAUGGCGCUCAUGCAGACCACAGCUGAGGAGAGAGAUUCCCUCAAGGGGCAAGUCCACCAACUCACCCAACAGCUGCGCGAUGCAGAGAAUAGAUUGCAGGAGAUGUCUCGAGCAGAGGAGGCUGCUCAAGCCGGCCGAACCCAGGGGACGGAAGGAGAGCAGGACUACAUGAGUGUGUUUGACGCACCAACACAGAGAGGAGAGGUGCUACGUAUAGAGAGAGAGACUUCACCGGCAGCUUGUCUGGCCAAUUCCAGUGCUGCCACAGAGGAAAAGGAAACUCGUGAGAUUGCCCUGCAAACUGACGGUCUGGUCCCGGAGCUUGAUGAAUGUAUCAAAGAGAGGGAUGAGCGACGUUCACAGGUGGAGCGCUUGGAGAGGGAGAACACCAACCUGCUGGCCCGAUGUGAACAGCUGAAGUUGAACCUGGAGCAGCUGAGGGCCGACACAGAGCGAGACUCCACUAGUCAGCACACAGCCACUCGUCCCGUUGUCCGGCAGGGGGAAGAGGCCUCCGGCACUGCCUCGACCUCAGACACAAACAGAAACAGUUUAUUGGAGCUGCGGCACAAUGUCGGACAACUUCUUGCCUCUUUUGUUCCUGGCUUGGAACUGGACCAGGUGAAUUAUGAAUGCAAUGUCAUUGACGAGAUGCUAGAACAGGUUCUGUCCAAUCAAGACUUCAUAUGGAACUUAAAGUAGCGGGCUGAGCAGCGAGUCAGAAUCAACCCUUUGAUGCACAAGCUGUAGAAAACCCCUUCGAGUGUACAGCGUGGGUCAGAAAUGCCCCGUAUUCCUUUCCUAUGCUGUGUCAUGCAUGGCUGAGGGUUUCCUUGUUAUCUUUUGAAACAGAUGUAUUUCAUCAUUUAAUAAGUUUUAUGUGUUGUUUUUUUUUUUUUAAUAUCUUGAUUUCGAUUGCCACAAAUCAUUAUUUCCAUUUUUACUUUUUUUUUACUUUAUGAGCGAAAAUAGCUUUUGUAUUACUAUAUAACGUUCACACACCGGUCAAAAGUGACCCAUGUGUGCAAGUGUCAUUUAAAAAAAAUAGACAUAUCAAAAUACAUGUUUUUAAAUAACUAUUUUAGCAGUGAUACACCAGCUUCACUGCACAACACCCUGAUUACGUGGGUGGCGUGACCAAUGCACGGCAGCUAAUUCAUCAAGGAGCUGGGCAAAAGACAUCCGGGUAGCGUAGCGGUCUGUUCCGUUGCCUACCAACAUGGGGAUCGUUGGUUCGAAUCCCCGUGUUACCUUCGGCUCGGUCGGGCGUCCCUACAGACACAAUUGGCCGUGU